AUGUCUACAACAAUAGUAACAGUUAUGAGACAGCACAUCAAUCUUGCCUAUUAUAGGCUUACUCAACAAGAAGAUUAUGAUCUUCAAGUUGCAACAUCAUUGUCUUCUGAACAAAUAUUCUCAAAGGCUGAUGAUACUAUCCAGGCUAAAUGUAUACAUCUUUCUGAAAAAAGCGUACAG